UAACUUCCAGACGGCCAGUAGCUUCUGGACGGUGCGCAACAUCCAGACGGUCUGGACCACCUUCAUGGUUUACAUCACCUGUGAGGUCGAAAUCACCUUCACAAAGGUCAAAAUUUGCAAACAAAACGCGUCAACCGCCAAUGGAAGAUAGUCCUUACUUUACGCAACAAAAUCCAUAUUCGUGUGACUCGAAAGGAAAAGUACGUGAACAACAGAGCGUGGGAGACAACCAGCCAAGCACAAGCUACGACUAUCUAAACGGUGCCAGAUUUGGUAACAGGUCUACCGAAAUAAGGUACUUGAACGAAGUAUCCAAAUACGUUACGGAUACGUUAAGGCAGAUUUGUGAGCAACCGGUAACUCCACCGUUAUGCUCUCAAUUGCAAAAGCGAUACUUGAAUCACAGAAAAAGUUGUUCGAGAGGAAACGUUAACUUGGAUAAAUGGAGCUUGGUUUCCAUGGACCGGAAAGUUCAGUGUGGCAUUGAGCCCUGUGCGAUGACCUCCACGUCGUGUGGAUCAGAAAAUAUU